AUGCUCCAGUUGGAGCCGCAAAACCACUCGGGCGCCACUACAAAUCGCGCAAACUACAAACGGCCAGCUAACAAAACCAUCAAAUUGGCGCCAGUCGAGGGAACUGGUGAUGCUUUUGCCCCAUUUGGCGGCACCACUUCGCCGCGUCACCGUCCGCCGGGCAAGUCGAAAACUGUUCAGGAACUGAUUCUGGAGGGUGCCCGCCGUCGGCGACGUCAAUGCGGGGUACAGGACCCAAGCCCAAGUCCGCACAUCGCUCCCGAUCGCCAUCACUUGGUGCCGGAACCCAAGGCCAAGGAGCGCAAGGACAAGACCCGUGCGAGGGAGCGCGAGCGAGAAAAGGAUCGAAAUAGAGAGCUCGAACGAGAUAUAACACGUCAGCGUGAUAUAGAACGUGAGCUUGAUAUAGAACGUGAGAAAGUGCGUGCUAUAGAACGCGAAAGAGAACGCACAAGACAGCGGCAGCGGGAGCGCGAUAGAGAGCGCGAAAAGGAGUGCGAAAGAGAGCGCGAAAGAGACCGGAAGCGGGAGCUUGAUCGGGAGCGGGAGCGGGAGCAGGAGCAGCGGGAGCUUAAUGGAACAGGAUAA